CUUAUCUUGAAGUUAUCAGUAAUGAUGACUCUGCAAAUCAGAAAAUAGCCCUGUAACAGCAACAAAAAAAAAAGACUGCUAAGGAGAUACUGCCAUUUCAUAUAGUGAUUUCAGUUGCUGCAUGAACUGCCGAAAGUGAAUGUAGAUUGAGUGAAGGUAUGCAAAUAACAGAAGUGUCAUGUGACAUUAAGGUUCUCAUAGCUUGGUGAAAAGGGAAAAUUACUUUGUUUGAUUUGAGAAGUAAUCGCUGUGCCCCAUCGCCAUGGACACCUUCAGCCUGCUAUUUUGUGGAGUGGUGCUUCUGCUAGGUACACUGUUCCUGUAUUCCCGGACUAGUAAGCGGGAACGCUUCAUAAGGAUGGUAGACCAGAUACCAGGACCACGAUCAUAUCCCAUCCUAGGGACAGUGUUGCCAUUUUUGUUUACAAAGAGACAAGACUUGUUUAAAGUGAGCCAGAAGUUGAUUAAUGAGAAUCUUCCACUAUUUCGCGGUUGGACUGGAUCAGUGGCAGACGUAAAUCUUACCUGUCCUGAGGAUGUGGAAGUUAUUCUGAGUAGCAGCAGACAUGUAGACAAGUCCUUCCUUUACGGGUUCCUUCACAGCUGGCUUGGCACCGGACUUCUCACUUCAACAGGUGAGAAAUGGCACGCCCACAGGAAGAUGAUAACACCAACAUUCCACUUCAGUAUCCUGGACAGCUUUGUGGAAGUGUUCUCAGAGAAGAGUGAGAUAUUGGUCAGCAAGUUGCAGAAGGAAGUUGGAUCCCAGGGCUUUGACGUGUAUCCCUACAUCACCAAGUGUGCCCUGGACAUCAUCUGCGAGACUGCGAUGGGGACCAAGAUUUUUGCACAGGAUGGCGGAAACUUGGACUAUGUGACAGCCAUCUAUGACAUGAGUGAAAUAACAGUGCAGCGCAUAUUUCAGCCAUGGCUGCAUCCAGAAUCCAUUUUCAAGCUGUUCCGAAUUGGCAGGCGCCAUGAUGAGUGUCUUCGAGUGCUUCACGGAUUCACUAGGAAGGUGAUCGCAGAGCGUAAAGCCCAGAUGGUGAACAAAAGGGUGAUGGCCAAUCAAAUGUCAGGAAGCGAAGAUGAAGUCGUGGGUAAGAAGAGGAAAGCGUUUCUGGAUCUUUUGCUGGAGGCAAAUGUGGGUGAUGCCAAGCUGACAGAUGAAGAAUUGAGAGAGGAAGUGGACACUUUCAUGUUUGAGGGUCACGACACGACAAGUGCUGCGAUGUGCUGGGCAAUCUACUUAUUGGGGCUGCACCCUGAUGUGCAGGAGAAAGCAUAUGAAGAACAGGAGAGCAUCUUCCAAGGGUCUGACCGCUCUCCCAACAUGAAAGACCUCACUGAGAUGAAAUACCUUGAGAGGGUCAUCAAGGAGGCUCUGAGAUUGUAUCCCAGUGUUCCAGGUAUCGGAAGAGUUCUUAAUGAGGACACUAAAAUAGGUGGUUAUACAGUCCCUGCGGGAUGCAUGCUGUCCCUUCAUAUUUACAACGUCCAUCGGAACCCUGAUCAGUUCCCUAACCCCGAGAAGUUUGACCCUGACAACUUCCUGCCAGAGAGGGUAGCAAAGAGACACCCUUAUGCCUACAUCCCCUUCAGCGCUGGCCCCAGGAACUGCAUAGGCCAGAAGUUCGCCCUGCUGGAGGAGAAGACUGUCUUGUCCUAUGUACUGCGCCACUACAGACUGCGUUCCCUUGACAACAGGGAGGACAUUACAUUGAUGUCAGAGCUGAUUCUAAGACCAAAAGAUGGAAUUCGUAUUACUGUCACACCUAGAAGAAGUGGUAAUAUGUGACAAGUGCAAGAAAAGAUUUCCUUUGAAAUUGAUGUGAAUUUAAAAAUUUGUUGAUGAAAUUCCUUCAUUUUGAGACAUUAAGGUGGAAAGUUGGAUUGUGGUAUUCUAACUGUGACACUGUGAGGCUACAUGGUGGCCUAAUCUAGAAGACCACAAUCUGAGUUCCUUUGCUUUGCAUUCCUGCUGAUGCAAUGCAAUGCAAGUGUGAUUUAUUUUACUGUUCAGAAAAAAGAGGCAUGUCUUACUCUCCUCCACUAUACUUUGGCGGACAGGCAAGAAGUCUUCAAUCUUUUCUUUCUUCCUGAAGUCCUUCCUUUUUAGUUUCUUGCCAGCUUCUUCCACCCUUCCUCAUAUCUAGUAGUAGCUGGCUGAACCAUCUUGUUCUGGGUCAUGACACAGGGUUCUUUACUUUAACUUUUAGUUAUAAUUCCUUUCUCAGUACUUUUAUUUCAUGCAUUCCUUUUACAUGGUCACAUCACUGUAAUCUUGCAAUUUUAUAUUCAGAGUGUUGCAUUCAUGUUAUACUAUUAUACAGGGUGUCCCAGGAGGAAAGGUGAAUAUUCUGAGAGGUCAUAAUAUCGGACAUUCUAAGAAAAAAUUGUAUAUGUACCUGUCCUAUUCUGAACGGUUUCCAAGAUAGAGCUACUUCAUUGUAGAGUUCCAAAACUGUUGAUAAGAAAGAGAUAUUGCAUACUGUUUCUAAUACCGAUGUUUAUUGUUCAAGUGACAAAGUUGGUACAGUUUACCCAGUACAAUACGUUUCCGAAAAUUCCACCUUCGACAUCAGUGCACUUCGCAACUCGUGUGAGGACAUGGCGUGUUGCUCAUCUGUACAGUGAGGUAGCUCUAUCACAGAAACUGUUUGGCAUAGGACACAUGUACAUAUACACUUUUCUGCUUACCAUGGCUGAUACUGUGACCUCCCAGUAUAUUGACCCAUCCUCCUGGGACUUUCUGUAUACUGUAUUGUUUAGUUCUUUCAGUAAACCCUCAAUAUUCCACUUGUUAGUAUAAAACACAAAUUUGUGCUCAGAUGACAUGAUGAUGUUCCUAGUAAGAUCGAGUUUUGGUGACAAUGAGCAGGGUGCAGUACUUAGUUAUAAAAGCAGCUGUAAUCAGUUAAGUUGGAUUGUGUCUUGCACCUAAAAGUAAACAUAAAAUCAUCCCUGUCCUUGACUAUGAGUCACUUAAUGAAGACAUAUGGAGGAGUGGAAAUUAGCUCCAUACAUUUUUAACCUCACCACUAGAUGCAGGUGGUGGUCAGUUUCAUGGCCAAGCCACUUAAACCCCCCAAAAAAAGAAUCCCUGCUACUACCCAAGUUAGCAACCAAUCCCAGAUUCCAUUGCUAUCCAUCUGGAGGCUCCACCAAUCGAGCUAUCCUGGCUCCACAUAUUCAGUAUCUUGUUUGUAUAAGUGAGGAACACUGUGGCUUAUAUACAAGAUAAAACUUUGGGAUUGUACACGUAUAUGUGUCCCCUUAUUACUAAAGAUUCAUGUGUGAAUGUAUGUAUAUCUUUGUGGGUUACACUGAUGAUUCCCAUACUGGUGCUUACAUUAAGCGGGCAAGAAGUUUAAAAUGUGGACUCUUGAAAAUCUGGACCUAUCAA